AUGUCACGUAAAAUGUCAAUUGUUAAACGAUUAUUUUGUUAUUCGGUUAUUUUGUCGUCGGUUAUUUUGUCUACUCAAUCAAAUUUAAAUUGUCUCUAUGAAUCAUCUCAAUGGAUUGCUGAUGGUACAUUUUCAUCUGUACCAGUAAUAUUUAAGCAGCUAUAUACACUUCAUGGAUGGAAAAAUAUGAAAAUGUUACCGUUAGUAUAUAUAUUAUUGCCUAACAAGAAAAAGCAUCUUUAUACUGAAGCGCUGACAGUCUUGAAAAAUCAUAUGCCUACUUUGGAGCCUACGAGAGUGAUGCUUGACUUUCAAAAUGGUUCUUUGAAUGCUUUCAAGAUAGUAUUUCCAAAUGCCAAAAUUAUUGGAUUCUUAUUUCAUUAUUCUCAAUGCCUCUGGAGAAAUGUACAGUUAACUGGAUUACAGCGCAAAUAUAACACUGAUACUCGUUUUGCGUUGAAUAUACGCAUGUUACUCGCUUUAUCAUUUGUUCCUAUUGAUGAUGUUCGUAGUGCAUUUGAUCAACUUGUUGAAACGAAGUAUUACAAAGAUCAUGGAGACGAGUUACAUGGAAUUCUUGAUUAUUUUGAGCGCACUUGGAUAGGUGUAUUAUCUAGGAGUGGCAAGUCACGAUUAAAGCCAUACUUUGCAUUAAGUCUAUGGAAUUAUUAUGAAGCUGUUAUUAAUGAUUUGAUUCGGAGUAACAAUGCUGUUGAGGGAUGGUACAGGUCCUUUAAUAAAAAGGUUCGUGUUACUCAUGCUAGUUUUAAUAAAUUUAUUGAUGAAAUCAGAGCCAAUUAA